GGAAGGGGCGGGGUGGGCUGCUCUGGAGUUUAAUUACGUGUCGUGGAAGCACGGCCCUUUGGACUUUGGCGUCUGAAAGAAGGCUUAUUUUAGGUGGAAGCGUGUGUGGCGCAGGUCCGGGCUCGCCGGGCCCCGCUCUGAGGCUAGAGGGCGGCGCACGCUGGCCCGACCCGCGCCCUCGGCCCCGGAGUUCCUGGGAGCUCGCGCAACAUGGCGGCCCCCGGAGCGCGCGGCGCGAGCCUCUCGGGCCUGCUGCCCGCGCAGACCUCGCUCGAGUACGCCCUGCUGGACGCCGUCACCCAGCAGGAGAAGGAUGAGUUGGUCUACCAGUAUGUGCAGAAGGUGGACGGCUGGGAGCAGGACCUAGCGGUGCCCGACUUUCCGGAAGGAUUAGAAUGGCUGAACACAGAGGAGCCUCUUUCCAUUUACAAGGACCUAUGUGGAAAAGUGGUUAUCCUUGAUUUCUUCACCUACUGCUGCAUUAACUGUAUUCAUGUGUUGCCUGAUCUCCACGCCCUGGAGCACAGAUUCUCUGAUAAAGAUGGACUCCUCAUUGUUGGUGUUCACUCAGCUAAGUUUCCAAACGAAAAGGUCCUGGACAAUAUCAAGAGUGCUGUCCUUCGAUACAACAUCACCCACCCCGUGGUUAACGACACAGAUGCCAGCCUUUGGCAGGAGCUUGAAAUUUCCUGCUGGCCAACACUGGUCAUAUUGGGACCCCGUGGAAACCUGCUGUUUUCUUUGAUUGGAGAGGGACACAAAGAUGAACUAUUUUCAUAUACGUCUAUCGCUUUAAAGUAUUACAAAGACAGGGGACAGAUCAGAGAUGGAAAAAUUGGAAUAAAACUCUUUAAAGAGUCUCUGCCGCCUUCCCCGUUGCUGUUCCCUGGCAAGGUAGCAGUAGAUCGCGCUACUGGUCGGCUGGUGGUAGCAGACACGGGGCACCACAGGGUCCUGGUCAUCCAGAAGAACGGGCAGAUUCAGUGCAGCAUUGGAGGACCUAAUCCUGGAAGGAAAGAUGGGAUGUUUUCAGAGUCGUCUUUUAAUUCUCCACAGGGUGUAGCUAUAGCAGAUAAUAUCAUCUAUGUAGCCGACACUGAAAACCACCUUAUAAGAAAGAUAGACCUAGAAGCUGAGAAGGUGACCACUGUAGCGGGCGUCGGCGUUCAAGGAACAGAUCUGGAAGGGGGCGAGGAGGGAGACAAGCAGCCCAUCAGCUCCCCAUGGGAUGUUGCACUUGGGGCCUCAGGUUCAGAGGUCCAAAGAAAUGACAUCCUGUGGAUAGCCAUGGCAGGGACUCAUCAGAUAUGGGCACUCCUCCUAGACUCUGGCACACUGCCAAAGAGAAGUGACCUCAAAAAAGGAACCUGCCUUCGUUUUGCUGGAAGUGGAAAUGAGGAGAACCGAAACAACGCCUAUCCUCACAAGGCGGGCUUUGCCCAGCCAUCAGGCCUCGCUCUUGCCUCAGAAGAGGCCUGGAGCUGCCUCUUUGUGGCCGACAGUGAGAGCAGCACCGUGAGGACUGUCUCACUGAGAGACGGGGCUGUGAAGCACCUCGUGGGCGGAGAGCGAGACCCCAUGAAUUUAUUUGCUUUUGGUGAUGUUGAUGGAGUAGGCAUCAGUGCGAAGCUUCAGCACCCACUCGGGGUUGCAUGGGAUGAGACGAGGCAUCUGCUCUAUGUGGCAGACUCCUAUAAUCACAAGAUUAAAGUUGUGAACCCAAAAACAAAAGAAUGCACAGUGUUAGCGGGGACUGGAGAUGCCAGUGAUGCCAGCUCCAGUUUUUCGGAGUCCGCCUUCAAUGAGCCUGGAGGCUUGUGCGUCGGUGAGAGUGGUCGGCUGUUGUACGUAUCGGACACCAACAAUCACCAGAUUAAAGUGAUGGAUUUGGAAGCAAGAACAGUGUCUGUGCUCCCGGUCUUCAAGUCUGACAGCGCUAUGGUGGAUGGCUCCUUCCCUAGAGAGAAGCAGAAGACAGUGCCCAAAGUGCCGAAGUCCGCCGCGCACGUCGGCCUCCCGCCUGUGACGGUGCACCCCGGCCAGGCCCUGCAGCUCAGGCUCCAGCUCCAGCUUCCGUCCGGAGCAAAGCUGACUGAAGGUGCGCCCAGCUGCUGGUUCCUGGAAGCCGACGGCAAUGAAUGGCUUCUUCAAGAACAGAUCCCAUCUGGAGACAUAGAGAAUAUUUCCAAUCAACCAGCAAUUUCCCUACAGAUUCCUACCGAUUGCUUGUCACUGGAAGCUGUGGUCUCUGUCAUCGUAUUUCUUUACUACUGCAGUGCAGACAGCAGUGCAUGUAUGAUGAAGGGAGUCGUGUUCAGGCAGCCUCUGCAGAUAAGCAGCACCCAGCCAGCUUGCACAGCUCCUGUAGAGCUCACACAUGCAUUCUAGGAAGCCGUCCAGCAGCCCACACCACAGGCCCAUUCAUCCUACCCUCCAGCAUUUAGGGAAAAAGCAUUAUAGAAACCCAUUGCUCAGUUGUCACAACUGAUGACAAAAUAAAACUGUGCUCCUUAUUAA